AUGAUGAAAAUCCACCUCAUAUGGUUCUUUUCCAUUCAAAUUUUGCUGCAUGUUUCAUCCUCAAGCAGUGGAAAAGUUCCAGCUCUAAUAGUUUUUGGAGACUCAUCUGUUGAUUCUGGUAACAACAAUUUCAUUCCAACAAUAGCAAGAAGCAACUUUGAACCUUAUGGUAGAGAUUUUCCUAAUGGAAAUCCAACUGGUAGAUUCUCAAAUGGUAGAUUAGCUCCUGAUUUCAUCUCCGAGGCGUUUGGACUUAAGCCAAUUGUUCCUGCUUAUUUGGAUCAUUCUUAUGACAUUACUGAUUUUGCUACUGGUGUUUGUUUUGCCUCUGCUGGUACUGGAUUUGAUAACAUUACUGCAAGUGUUGCCGAUGUGAUACCUUUAUGGAAAGAAGUUGAGUAUUACAAAGAAUAUCAAAACAGAUUAAGAGCAAAAUUUGGAAACAAGAAAGCUAAUGAAAUAAUAAACGAGUCUUUAUAUUUGAUUAGCAUAGGAACAAAUGAUUUUCUUGAAAAUUAUUACCAACGUCUUGAAAGGAGGUUGCAAUUUAGUGUUCAAGAAUAUGAGGAUUUUUUAAUUGGACUUGCUGAAAAUUUUCUAAGGGAAAUUUAUGACCUUGGAGCAAGGAAAAUUUCUAUGACAGGGUUGAUUCCUAUGGGGUGUCUGCCACUAGAGAGGGCAAUAAAUAUUUUGGGCCAUCAUGGUUGUAAGGAUUUAUACAGGGAAAUCUGCCUUGGAGAUGGUGGAUAUGUUGUAUGUUAUGAGAUGGCAGAGAUUGAAAAUAAACUUGGAUUGGGACGGGAUUCAUUGAUUGCUCUCUCUUUGCUUCUCGGCAGUGACUAUCAUCAAGGAGUUCAUGGUUUAGGUCCGGAGUUAGCUUGUCAGAUAGUAAAAUCAAUUGGGGAGAAAGAUGUUCUAAAAAAAUUUGCUUCUGAAGGACUUGGAUGGGUGAAAAAAAGAAAAGGAGCUAAAAAUAAUAUAGGAAAGGACGAUACCAUUUUACAAGUGAUUGAUGCUUAUUUGAAGCCAAAAUGCCACUCAGCUGAUUCAGACUUUGUGCUCAAGGCUCAUUCUCAGUAUCCAUUUCAACGUACUAAGCUCCAUCAUAUAUGCGCUGUAUACUUCGAAUGGCCUUCGGAGAGAACAGAUGGAUAUAUCCUUCCAUGUAUAGUCGAAAGGGAUUUACGACGAUUUGCCAAUUUGCGAUCAACUUCGUUUGAACUUGGGUUGAACCUUCCUUUACAUGAGGGAUUGGAAUCACCCGCUGAUGGUAGACGUUCAUCUGAGUCUAGCUAUCGUAUUGGAGAUAAUGGAACUUCAGGGGGGACAAAUUAG